UUCGACUUCCCCUUCGCCGAGACAGCGUCUCUUCGGGCAACAGCGAUGGCGGCCUCCUUCUCCGAGGGGCUCUUCUCUCUGGAGCUGCUGGUAGAAUGGGUGCGCCUUGAAGCCGGGCUGCCGCCGCCGCCCGCGGUCGCGGUGAAGCAGGAGCAGGAAGAGGAGGAGGAGGAGCCGCCGCCGCGGCUAUCGCCGUCUCUUUACCCUGCCGUGGCCUUCCGCCUGCUGGACUUCCCCACGCUGCUGGUGUACCCUCCCGGCGGCCCCGCCGCCCCUGCCCCGGAACCCCGGCCCGGCCUGCUCAGCUUCGGUCGCGGCAAGUCUUGUCUCUUCCGCCUGCACCCCGCCACCCUGCGCCGCGGGCUCCUUGGGACCCCGCUUUACACCUUGCUACUGCAGCUGCCCCCCGGACGCCCGACUCCUGCCCCGCAGCUCCUGGGUGUCUGCAGCAUCUCGCUGGCCGCCGCGGCCCGCAAGGUGCUGGGGCCAGCCGCCUCCGGCUGCUCCCACGGUCAUCGAGGAAGUUUCCCUCUGCAUAACCAAGUGGGGAAGCGGAUUGGGGACAUUGCCCUGGGCUACCGCCUGACGGAUUUAGGAAGCAGCUUGCUGGGCCAUCUUGAGCGGCCAGUCAGUUCCACAGGAGGUGGAGUGGAGGGUAUAGAGGCACAGGAGGCGGUAGAGAUCGCAUUCCAAAGCCGGCAGGAAAAACAGCUGCAGCAGCCAGACUCAGAGCCAAGCCCAGGAGGUGCUGAUAGGCCUCUGGUGGGUUUUAAAAUCGCAAAGGCACAGAAGGGUUUGAAGGAAAUAGUUGUCCACAGUAAGGCCAACUCUCAUAACCUGGGUUCUGUUGCGAAUGGCAAAAGCAGCUCUAUAUGUUCAAAUGCUAACAGUGCAGAGAGUGUUAGCCCCCCCAAUCAGGAAGUCACAGAGUUGGACAUUGAAACUAACACAUUUUGCCCUCCUCCUCUGUAUUACACUCACCUGACCCAAGAGAAGACGCCUCCUGUCCAGGGUAAAAUCACCAUUAAACCUCAAGUGAAUGUACCUGAGAAACUGGAUGGUGCUUUUCUGGAAAAAAAACUUAUAAAUACCCCAAUACAUACUAAUUCUCUAAAACACACAAGUUCCGCAACACAUGAGAGUCCUCCAGUGCUUAUAAAUCCUCCACAUGUUCAGGAUGUAGAAGCAAGUAAUCAAAGUACAUCUCACCCUCAAACUGAACAAAAUACAAUUAGUACAAUAAGGCAGCUGCCUUUGUUAAAUGCUUUGUUAGUUGAGCUGUCCUUGUUAAGCAACCAACCCAUGGCAAGCCCUACUUCUAUACAUCCUCACUUAGCCUGGUUAUAUAGAUCUGAGGAUAAGAAGUCACCAGAAUCUUCUGCCAAAUCCACAUGUAAAUCUGAAUAUAAGAAAAAUAAGCUUCCUAUGGAGGAAAAGGGAAAGUCAGUGAGUCUUCAGUAUAAGAAGAACCAAGUUGAAAAUCUAAAGAAAGGUAAACAUUUUGAAAAGAACAGUGAUCCCCCCCAAAAAAGAGUUCCCAGGGGGAAGUUACUCUAUGGCUUAACAAAUACACUUAAACUACGCUUAAAACAAACAAAUCCUGAUAUGUUGGUAGUACAUGAAAAGAGAGAACAGUAUAGAAAAAUGCAAGCACAAAUGAUGGGUGCAAAAUUCAGAAUUCCAUCAUCCAAAGUUAAAGUGUUAAGCUUUGCAGAACAUCAGAAACCGCACCAACUGCCUAAAGAUAAGCAUUUAGAAUCAGAUGCUACUUUUGCUGAAAAUAGUGAUACCUCAAAGCAAAUCAGUGUUUUUGAUGAACUCAGCACAACUAAAGAAACUAAACUGAAAUGUGCAACUGAAGAGACAGUUGAGAGUGGUGAAAACAGAACCAAUAAUGGUUUAUUGGGAGAAAUUGUAAGUCUUGCACAUUCCAUUAUUCCAGAAAGUUUUACUCAUACAGACAUUUUGGAAGAAAAAGUGGAAAUGAAAUUCCAAAGUCCAUUUGUUUUCCAACAGGUUGCAGUUGUUGACAGAAUUGUAGUAGAUAAAGAAAUGGAUGGCAAGCAGGUCAAAACCACUGCUAAUGACAUUCUUACUGCUGGUGUGAGUGAAAAUAAACCAAGUAAAAGUAGUUGCUCUGAAAGCAUCUCAGAACUAAAGUAUUCAGAUGACUUCACCAGCCCUUGCUAUUCUGAAGAUUUCUGUACUACUGAGGGCACCAGCAGAAUUUUACAAGCUCAUGAUAGAAAUUCAGAAAAUACAAAACAUAGUCAAUAUACAAGUAAGUCUAUUGAAACAAGAUUGUCCAUAAAGAAAAAUAACAGUGAAAGGAGUUCUAUCCUUAGCCCACCUUAUUCGGCUGGAUCACCUGUACACUCAUAUAAAAAAUCUCAUGUUUCAAAGACUCCAGAUAAAAGUCUGGAGGAAGCAUCUACUAUCUCUACCAGUGACUUAUCUUCAUAUUGGACUGAAGAAAAAGAAAACCAAAUAGACCAAAAUAGCGUGCAUAAUUCUGAAGCUAUAAAGAGGGGUCAAGACAUCUCUGUUAAACCUGAGACAAGAACUGGUUUCAAGUCUUCAGAAAAAAGCCAGUCAGCUCGGACAUCUCAAGUGAGUUCUUAUCUGCCAUCUAAUUUGUCAGAACUAGAACUUAAUAUCCUGGAUUGCAGUACAUCAGAUCACUUUGGAGAAGACGAUGAAGUUGGUUCACUAAAUAUAUCCAAGCAAUGCAAAGAUAUUUACGAAUUAGUAAUAAAUAAACUUCCAGGAUAUACAGUGUAAAAAUGUGGUUUUAAAAAACAUUUAAUUUUUUUAUAAUCUAUGUGUACUGUUAGUGAAACAAUUUUAAUACCUAUGUUAUUUUUAGUACAUGAAUUAUAUGAAUAGUUCUUUGUAAGAAAUAGAAAUGUCAUUUCUUUGACUUGUAGUGUUCUGCCAUUAAAUCUGACGGUUACUGAUCAAGAAAUUACCUUAUCACCUAGGUAAGAUUUAAGUUGUUUAGUCAUGUAAGAAUAAAAGUAUCUAUCUUCCUAAACUAUCUCUCAAAGUAUUCUAAAGUACCAAUCAUCCUAAAGCUGACUUCAUGUACACCAUUGAAAAAGAAGGCCGGUUAAUAAGGAUAGUCUCAGAUUUGAAUGGGAAUAAAUGAACAAAUAAAGACUUGCUGUGUGAGAUUCAGAAAGGUACAAAAAUACUUAAUAUAUAGCCUCUGCAGUUAUAAGAUCUUACUGUUUUAUUUAGAUCUGAAUACUUUAGUGAAAUCUUUCUGGAGACACACACAUCCAUAUCCCUAGUCAGUGAAGUCCUUUUCAUUUGCUGUCAUAGAGCUCUAAAUAUUCUGUUUGUUUGUUUUAACCACAACUUGUGUGAUUACUUAAUUAAUGUUUGGGCCUAAGUUCUAUUCUAUUGGGCCUAAGUUCUGUGAUGGGAGACACCGUAUCUGUGUUGGACACUAAUACAUUCUUGGUAUCUAUCACUUAGUCUCUGGAGUAUGGUUGGGGUGCAGUAAAAGCAUUUGUUGAACAAAUUAAUGAAGGCCAUGUAUUUAAAUUACCUAACAGGAGAGAGUAGAAUUAAGCAGUAAAAACAAGCAGAAACCCUAAAAAUAAACCUGCAGAAAAUCUUUAUUGAAGCUAUAGUUAUUCAACUGUAAUAUUUUUGUUUGGGUGGAUAUAAAUAGUCCUCAGGUGUCCUCUGAAGUAUUUGGAGAAGGGAACUAAAAAAGGUGUCUUCUAUACAGUUUCUUGUAUAGAAACGCCGUUUAUUGUUGUCAUUUCAGGUUGUUUUGUAGUUAUUCUCAAUGUAUGAAAUUUUUUUUUAUGAAGGCUAAUGAUCAUUUCUUUAUAUUUCUUCCACUGGUUU